UCAGAAGCUUUCAUCGUUGGUUUUUCUUAGCCUUCAAGGGAACCAGUUCAGGGGAAGGAUUCCCCAUCAACUUUGUGGAUUGAAAUAUCUACAAAUCUUGGACCUCUCUGUAAAUAAAAUCGCUGGUACCAUACCACCAUGCCUCAAUAAUUUCACUUCCAUGGCAAAAAAAGAGAGUUUAGAUAGAAGGAUUGAGCAUAACAUCUUAGAUACUGGACCUAGAUUUUUAUCUCUGGAGGGUGUGUAUGGUGAGCCUAUAUGGAUCAUUCAGGUUAGAUAUGUUGAUGAGGCAUUGCUUACAUGGAAGGGAACAAAGCAAAGCUAUCCACAACUUGGAUUGCUUCUAGCCAUUGAUCUCUCUUGUAACAAAUUAACAGGAGAGAUUCCUGAAGAAUUAAGUAGUCUUCAAGAACUGGUUGUAUUGAACUUGUCAAGAAACCUUUUUAACGGAAAAAUUCUUCAAAAGAUUGGGCAUAUAAGACAACUAGAGGUGCUUGACCUGUCAAGAAACAAGUUUUCAGGAAACAUCCCGACCAGCUUGUCUGAAUUAACAUUUCUAAGUAACUUGAACUUGUCUUAUAAUGAAUUGUCUGGAAAAAUUCCAACCAGCACUCAACUACAGAGCUUUGAUCCUUCGUCAUUUUCGCAUAAUAGAGGACUUUGUGGUCCUCCGAUUUCACCGAAUUGCUCAAUGGUGGAACCACGUCCCGGUAAACCUGCAGUAGGAGGUGAAGAAGAUUCUGAUGAGUUCAUGAAAUGGUUUUACACUGGCAUGGGACUUGGAUUUGCAGUGGGUUUCUGGGGGUUUUGCAGUGUUGUGUUCUUGAAGCGUUCAUGGAGGCAUUCAUAUUACCGUUACAUGGAUAAUGCAAAGGAUUGGGUUUAUGUUACAUUUGUUCUGCUGAAAGCAAGGUUAGUGAGGAGAAUCAAAGCUCUUUCAACAAGGUGUGAUUAGAACUGCAACUGAAGGUGGUUUUUCCUGCAUGUGAGAAAAUCUUAAUAAAAAACUUAUAAAUUAAGACAUGUUUGUCUUUUUGAUGA